CCUGUCCAGCCAUGGAUGACAUUUAUAAGGCAGCGGUUGAGCAGCUGACAGAAGAGCAAAAAAAUGAGUUCAAGGCUGCCUUUGACAUCUUCGUGCUGGGUGCAGAGGAUGGUUGCAUCAGCACCAAGGAACUGGGGAAGGUGAUGCGGAUGCUGGGGCAGAACCCGACCCCUGAGGAGCUGCAGGAGAUGAUAGACGAGGUGGAUGAGGAUGGCAGCGGCACUGUAGACUUUGAUGAGUUCCUUGUUAUGAUGGUCCGGUGUAUGAAAGAUGACAGCAAAGGAAAAACUGAAGAGGAACUUUCAGACCUCUUCAGAAUGUUUGAUAAAAACGCCGAUGGCUACAUUGAUCUCGAGGAGCUGAAGAUCAUGCUGCAGGCAACGGGAGAGACCAUCACUGAAGAUGACAUAGAAGAACUAAUGAAAGAUGGGGAUAAAAACAAUGACGGCAGGAUUGACUACGAUGAGUUCCUGGAGUUUAUGAAGGGAGUUGAAUAAAUCUGAGGCCAGAUGGACAGCCCAAAUCUCCUAAACCCCGCAAGCUCUGCACCUCAUCUCCUUGGCUAAGUCCCCUGGCUACCAGCAUGAAGACUGAGUGCUGAGAAGGGUGGCCGCUGGGAAAAUAAACCGCGUU